CGGGUUCCCUCCCUCUCCUGGAUUCCCACGAGCCCGGGAUCCCCAUCUCCCAGCGGCUCCAGCUUGUGGGAUCGUCCAAGGGCUAAGAGAACCCGAGGCUCUUCUGUUCCUGGGAGGGUCUGAGAAGAGCAGGCCCGUAGGCUACGCGGGCGCCCCUUGGCUUCUGUGGGCUAAGUGUGGGAACUAGUAGAUGCAUUUGUGUAUGGACCCUUUGUCUUUCCGUAGGAAUCUCUCAUUUCACCCAGUGCUCAGCGGCAGCGAAGAGUCGUUCUAGCUCUCUGCCGUUGAAGUCACCUGGGGAUCAGAUACCUAUUCCCUGGCCCCCACCUCCACAUCAAUCCUCGGACUCAGAAUGUCUGUGCAGGCUACUCAGUCUCAGGUUUUCUUUGUAGACACCCUGGGUAUUGACUGGGGUGCAGUCCAGGAUGAAAGCCCAAAUAAUACAAAUAUUCUGACCAGGCAUGUCCUCCCGGGAGCUUGUGCCUUCUUCUGGUUGGUGUCUCUGCUGCUUUCGUCUGUUUUCUGGUUCCUAGUGAGAGUCAUCACUGACAACAGAGAUGGACCAGUACAGAAUUACCUGCUCAUCUUUGGAGUGUUGCUCUCUGUCUGUAUCCAAGAGCUGUUCAGGCUUGCAUAUUAUAGGCUGUUAAAAAAAGCCAAUGAGGGUUUGAAAAGCAUAAACCCUGAGGAGACAGCACCCUCGAUGCGACUGUUGGCCUAUGUUUCUGGCUUGGGCUUUGGAAUCAUGAGUGGAGUGUUUUCCUUUGUGAACACCCUGUCUAAUGCCUUGGGGCCAGGCACAGUGGGCAUUCAUGGUGAUUCUCCUCAGUUCUUCCUUAAUUCAGUACUGCACUCAGACACACCAGAAGAGGGCACCACAUCCCAUUGCAGAUGGUUGAGAGCCACCAGGUAGUUGCUGGGAAUUGAACUCAGGACCUCUGGAAGAAUAGCCAGUGCUUUUAAAUGCUGAGCCAUUUCUCCAGCCCUGUGUUAAGCCUUUUAAAGGUAAGAUAUUCUUAGGCACUCUAAGCGAAGGACCUAUAAGUGGGGACAGGGGUUUGACUGGAAUGCUUUAAGAAUAUUACAAGAGCUUAUCGUGCAUAAGAAUUUAUAUAUAUGUGUGUGUGUGUGUGUGUGUGUGUGUGUGUGUGUGUGUGUGUGUGUGUAAAACAUUAGCAGCUAACUUUUAUGAGCUACCUUUUCUUUGCUUUGAGAUUUUAUAUUAUUUUUAUUAUAAGCCUGUAAGCCCCUGUUUUUCUUCUUGUUCAGUGCUAGGGACUCAGUAUAAGACCCAAGCCCUAAAUUCUAAUCUUUGAUUUAUCUAUAGCUUAUUGCUAUUUACAGGUAGGCAGUAUGAUAUGAUCUUUCAAUUUAGAAUGAAAAAUAGUAAACAAAUUGGUGCAUUAAAAAUGACCAACUCUUUUCACAUUACUUUUCAUUCUCUAGCUGCUACAAAUUAUAGUACAAUGACAAGUUUGUUUUAUAAUCAGAAUAUUAUUUUAUGUUUAGAUCAAUAGCAGUUUUAUCAUUGAAAUAAGGGAACUCAUAUACCCAUUUUUUAUUCAAUUAAAUCAACGUUCACCCCCAGGCUAAAGGUCAUUAGGAAACUUACCAUCUUUAGGGAAAUAUGACCAAAAAAUAAAGAGGUUCAGUAGCCUUUAAUAGAAUAAAAAGGUUAUAUAGAGAAAUGACCAAUUUUUAAAAGCUGCAGUAGCUUAGAGCCAUCUGUCUGCCAUGCUGUCCCUGAGCCUGGUGACAGUCCUCCACCAUUCUGUUUCCUUGAUAGUUCCAAUCUCAGCCUCUCCUGUGGACAUCAGUGCUGUCAGCCUCUCAAGUGAAUCCAUUCUCCGUGCAGCCAGCAAGUUAAUCUUCCCCGUUUGAAAGGUCUUGACUUUCUGAGGCCUACAGCAUCCAGUUCAGACCCUGAGACUCCUGCUCGGACUUAAGGGAAAGUGUGUUAAUAGGUCAUGCUUAAUGUUGCUUCCAACAGAGCAGCCUACCUUUGUAAAUAUUUCUAAACUGGGAUAUUUAUGACAUAUAAUUUAAGUGAUAAUCAUGUCAAGUUUGUAUAAAAGAAUCAAAUGUCGUUUUAAUGGCUAAUGUCUGUUAGAAUCUAAUAGAAAUUAAUAAG